AUGGACGAAAUCAAUAAUUUUAAGACACCAAGCAAAUUAUCUGAAAAAAGAAAAUCUGUGUUAUGUUCAACUCCAUGUAUAAAAAUUCCUGCCUCUCCAUUUAUGCAGAAGCUUGGCUAUGGCACAGGGGUAAAUGUCUACCUAAUGAAAAGAUCUCCAAGAGGCUUGUCUCAUUCUCCUUGGGCUGUGAAAAAGAUUAAUUCUAAAUGUAAUGGUGAUUAUCAAAGUAUGUAUCAAAAGAGAUUAACUGAUGAAGCUAAGAUUUUGAAAAGCCUUAAUCAUCCAAAUAUUAUAGGUUAUCGUGCUUUCACUGAAGCCAAUGAUGGGAGUCUGUGUCUUGCUAUGGAAUAUGGGGGUGAAAAGUCUCUAAAUGACUUAAUUGAAGAACGAAAUAAAGACAGCCACAGUCCUUUUCCAGCAGCCACAAUUUUACAAGUUGCUUUGAACAUGGCAAGAGGGUUAAAGUAUCUGCACCAAGAUAAGAAGUUGCUUCAUGGAGACAUAAAGUCUUCAAAUGUUGUAAUUAAAGGUGAUUUUGAAACAAUUAAAAUCUGUGAUGUAGGAGUCUCUCUACCAUUGGAUGAAAAUAUGACAGUAACUGACCCUGAGGCCUAUUACAUUGGCACUGAGCCUUGGAAACCCAAGGAAGCUUUGGAGGAGAAUGGUAUUAUUACGGACAAAGCAGACAUAUUUGCCUUUGGCCUUACUCUGUGGGAAAUGAUGACUUUAAGUAUUCCGCACAUUACUCUUUCAGAUGAUGAAGACUAUGAUGAAGAUAAAACUUUUGAUGAAAGUGACUUCGAUGAUGAAGCAUACUAUGCAGCUUUGGGAACGAGGCCACCUCUUAACAUGGAAGAGCUGGAUGAGACAUACCAGAAAGUAAUCGAGCUCUUCUCUGUGUGCACGAAUGAAGAUCCUAAAGACCGUCCUUCUGCUGCGCACAUUGUUGAGGCUUUGGAAGUAUUUGCCCAGUGA